UAUAUAUUAACUUUUGGCACAACUCCGUGCCAGAACGGCUUGUUGGGCCACAGAUCAAGCAAGGCUAUGCAUGUACAACGACUCUUUCCAAUGUUAGUCCUACCUUCAUGAAACAGAAAAUUUAACUUCUAAAAGAGGAAGUGGCAUGUCUUUAGAGGAUGGCUGGAGAAGACAGUAAUAACGACGGGCAGAGGAAGACAAAGACAAGGUGCUUGUGUGUUAUGGCCGGUGCAGGGGUCAUUGUUGUCAUAACUGUUGUUGCUAGCCUGCUUGCCGUGUACCUAGCACCAAAGAGCACCACGGUCGUGAUCAAGAAUGCCAAGUUCUCCACAGAUAACCGAGCAUUCAGCCUGGAGCAUGAGGGGAGAGUAACCAUCCGAGCAAACCUCGGCCUUAGUUUGCCCUCCCACCCUCCACCUACGGAGCUACAAUGUGGCGAAGGGGACAAGUGCUACAAGUGGUCAGUGGCCACAUUGGUAAUCAAGGCUGAAGAGAUUGAGCCAGCGGUAGAAUGCUACACGAUAAGCUGGGAGGCUCUUGAUGACUUCUAUGAGCCGAUGGACUGCCUGGACCUUGCGCCGGCCCACUGGUACGGAGGGGCAGAGAUGUACUACCAGGGGUGGCCUAUCGAGACGUGGAACAAGUCCAUGACGUUUUACCUCUCCGGCGACAUGUAUCAAAGUCUGGAGGAGUGGGGCUCGGUCAUGGAACGUUACUGGCUUAGCUCCGAAGGGGUCGGAGUGACUGUGUCCGAGACUGUUCCCCUGCACGUUAGUGUUAACUACAUGAACAACGGUAAACUCUGCUUCAAGGCAGCGUACAAGAAUUCGCCCUACCAAAAUGUCAACAACGUGCGUCCGAAGUUAGAGUACACCCUAUGCCAGGCUAGGGAUGUGAAAACAGCCCAGCAAUUCAUGAUGAACCGGUUUUACAGUAAGCCGCGCGGGAAACCCGACGAACGUAUGAUCCACUCCCCAAUCUGGUCCACGUGGGCGCAGUUCCAACGAAACAUCACCCAGGACAUCAUCCUUCAAUUCGCCGACGACAUCAAAAGCUACGGCUUCUCCAACAGCCAACUUGAAAUUGAUGACGAUUGGUCUAUCUACUACGGUGACGACUUUGACAACCUUCGAUUCCCAGACCCUCGACAGAUGGUCGACGAACUGAAGAACAAAGGCUUCCGUGUCACCCUGUGGAUCCAUCCAUUUGCAAACUUUGAUUCUGAUAUGUUCCGUGAGGGGUUGGAUAAGAGGUACCUGGCUGGCAUGGUGUCUGGGGGGUGCUGCACGGCUACAGUCCCUGCAAUUGUCCGUUGGUGGGUUCCCAAUGGCGUGGCCAGUAUUGUCGACAUGACCAAUCCUGCAGCUACCGUGUGGUUCAAAGAACGCUUGAGGAAAAUGCAACAAGACUACGGCAUUGACUCCUUCAAAUUCGAUGCAGGGGAAGUCAACUACCUCCCCUCAAAUUUCAUAACUGCUCGACCGCUGGAAAAUAACAAUGAAUUCACAACCCUGUACGCGGAUUUUGCUACCGAGUUCGGUCCCAUGAUUGAAGUACGGGCGGCAUACAGGAAUCAGGAAAUUCCUGUCUUUGUUCGGAUGAUGGACAAAGACUCGCACUGGGGGUACGACAAGGGACUGAAGACUCUCAUCCCCACCGCCCUGACGUUCUCCAUCCUCGGUUACCCCUACAUCCUCCCGGAUAUGAUUGGCGGGAACGGCUACGACGGCGUCUAUCCGGACCGCGAGCUGUUCAUCCGAUGGCUGGAGGUCACGGCGUUCCUUCCCUGCAUGCAGUUCUCCAUAGUGCCAUGGCAAUAUGAUCAAGAAGUUGUUGAUCUCACCCUUCGCUACAUCGAACUUCACGAGACCACUGUCACGCCCCUGAUACUCCGCUACGCCGACGAAGCCAUCGCUACAGGUGACCCCAUCAUCCGCCCCUUGUGGUGGAUCGCCCCUCGCGACAAAACGUCCCUGACAAUCGACUCGGAGUUCCUGAUUGGAGACAAGAUGCUCGUGGCGCCCAUUUUGGAUCAGGGCGCGACGACACGGGACGUGUACCUGCCUCCAGGAUACAGGUGGCGAGAUGAGAACACGAAUGAGGUGUACGAAGGCGGCCAAACUCUGCAGGACUACCAAAUCCCACUGACAGAAAUUGCCUACUUUACAAGACAGGGUGCUGCAUAACUCUUGAUCUCCAUUCAUUCAUGCAUGUAGUUGUCUGUACAGAAUCUUGCUACUUGGUUCUUUGUCCAUUUCAGUUUUUUCUUUGUGUUUUUGUACAAUCAUUUUUAUGGCAUGUACUCUGUGGAUCACAUACUGUUGUAGCAAAUUCUAGGUUUGGUUGUGUAUACGUAUAUGCAAAUGAUUUUACCAUUGUUGGAAAUGCCCACAGAUUACAUGUACAUUUGAUCACUGAGUAGACCCAUACCCUAAACAUACUAAUAGUUGUGAUAUUGUCAACAUGCAUGCAUAUACCCCACUUCUUGUUACGCCAAGAUACGGGUGGGUUUUUAUUGUUGUCAAAACCAAAAAACUUGAGGUAGUUACAUGUGGGGUUGGUUAUCAACUUAUUGACAAACACCCAAAUCAUUGUACGAGUAAUACUGUACUGUUGUGUCUUUUAUCAAUAAA